AUGGCCAUUGUUCUCUUCUCCAUGGGAGGCAAGGCAUUCUAUUUUGGAAAACCAAAUGUUGACUCAGUUGUAGACCGCUUUCUGAACCAAAAUGCGCAGCCAAGUGAAGGCGUCUCCAGCAAUGCCUCGCAGCACGACGAUGCCACUGUGCACCAACUCAACCAACAAUUCCAUCAACUGAUCAAGCGAUUGAAAGCCGAGAAAAAGGAAGAGAAAAUUGUUCAAAACAUGAGUAACAAAAACUAUGGCUUGCUAAGUUGUAGGUUUGAUGCAUAUGUUAAUCAGCUUGACUUGCAACAGCUUGAACAAUUAAAAAGGUCUAUGGUGGAGCUUAAAAAAAAUGUGGUUCAGAGAGUUGAUGAAUUGAAUUUGAAGGGUUCUUCCAAGCAUGCACAAGAAGAAGAGCAAGUGGAAAACACUGAAAUAAAUGACAAUGAUGUUUCUGCUAUUCCCCAUGAUUGGUUAAGGUUGUGA